AUGAUUGUUGAACACUUGCAGGGGGUUAUUGAUACAUCCCGCUAUGGAAUAGGUAUUACAAAGUUCAAGGAGAUACGUAACGCCAUGGGUCUUCAGCGUACUUGGCAGCAGAAUCACUCUAUCGAGUCCAUCCAUGACAGCAUGGUGGACCUCCACGAGGCAUAUCCAAAUGCUGGUGCACGAGAAAUGAUCUCACUGCUCUUUCAUAAGAAGAACUUGAGUGUAUCACGGAAUGUGGUCAUUUCAUACUUUGCCGCAUAUGAGGCGGACCUGCAUGACAAAUGGCUUCGGUUUGGUCUUGGACUUCACACAGGAAUAGAGCCAUUCUCUGACCGUAUUAUGUGGAUACGAGUCUGGCACUCGAACCACAACCCUCAACUUAUACUCACAUACUAUCUCGACACAAUCGAAAAGCUAGGUCACAUUCCAAUGAUUACGCAGAGCGACCCAGGAUCUGAGAACUACGGAAUCACUAAUGCGCACACAAUGCUGUGCCAAAUGUAUGAUUCAUCGCUGCACGGCACAUUGCAACACUGGUGGAUGCGCACGAAAAAGAAUGUUAUGCCCGAAAUUGCCUGGUCCCAGUUGCGCCGGCGUUUUACUCCUGGUUUUGAAUCACUAUUGGACGAAGGCGUGGUGAGGGGUUGGUAUGAUGUCGAUAAUGUGCUUCAGGUCAUGGUAUUUAGAUGGGUGUUCAUCCCAUGGCUGCAGUGUGAAUUAGACAGGUAUCAAGACCGUGUCAAUAACACUGCAAAGAGACGGGAUCGUAACAAGGUUCUACCUCACGGUGUGCCGAACCUAAUCUAUGACUCCCCUGAAGACUUUGGGGCAAUGGAUUUUAAGGUAACCGUUGAUCAGGACGGCAUAGAUCACGUACGGCGCACGUAUAUCAAACCCAAUCACCUAGUAUUCGACUUGGUGCCUCAACCCCUCGAUCAGUAUAUUCAACAUCAUUAUGAUGACCUUGGUCGGCCUCCAGUCACCCGCCAAUCAGCUUGGCACAUCUACUUAGAUUUGCUUCACUCUAUCCAACUUGCCGAACAGCUGCCGCCACCUAUAGUUUAUGGUGAUGUUGAUGAAGACAAUUUGCCGCUCCUUGAACAUCAGAGGGAGUUGUUAUGUGCUGACGGCACUUACUACAUGGGCGGUGUACAUGGAGGACUGGGUCUUGAUGUAACUGACCAUUGCCGACUGGAUUCACUCGCUGAGCAGGAUGAACCGGAUGCAUCUUUACUCCCUGCUGAACAAGUUGUUGAAGAGGAGGGGUUGUUUGCUUGGUUUUCUGACGAGGAGGCAGAUGACAAGACAUAUGAGUGGUAA